AGCGGGGAAGACGUGUGUGUGAUCAGUGACACAGUGUUACGUGCUGGAUGAUUAUUUUACGGAGAUUUUUGUGUUUGUGGACACGGAUCUUUUAACGUUUGGAUUGCAUUUUGGAUGGUGGAUUCGCGCGGACAGUGGAACCCGCCAAAUGUGUUCAAAUGAAAAACUGCCUUCCAUCUUAUACAAGAAUAUUAGAUUUAUAAGUAAUGGUGUGGAAAUACUGACCUUGGCGAAUGUAUGAUUACUCAGCUUCAGUAUACAGGAGAAGCGCGUCCGCAGUGGGUGUAGGUGCGGCACGCAGCCUCUAUGCCGCAUCGACGCAGGUUCGACAUACAUCGGGACGUCGCCAGGUGAACUCGUCGCUGUUGAAGAGAAGUGAUUUAUUGGGGAUGAGGUAACCUGGCUAAACUGACGAGCCAACGAAUAUACCGUCAUGUGUUCCUCUAAGUACCUAAGCGUCACAUAAUAGUAUAUACAUCGAAUAAUGUACGUUCCGUCCAAACACUGCCAAACUUUAAAAACGAAUUUAUUAGUGUGUAGUUUAAGUUGUUGAUCGCGAGCGCGUGUGUUGUGUUAGUGUAAGAGCGCCAUCUGGCGUGAUCGAGACGCGCAAGGUGGCGGGGACGCAUGCGCCGUCGGUGCCGGCAUUGGCGAUGCCAUUUAUUGAAGACGAAUGGUGGUCAGCGGAGAAUGAGGGCAGGAUGGUCGAUCUCUCCAAUUGCCUGCAGGACGCGGUAGCCGCGAGUGGACAUAGCGCGACUCAGCUGCAACUGCAAAUGGCGACAUCUCUCGGCGAGUUAUCGCAAGCAGAGCUGUCUAACUUCGUGGGUGGUCUUACCCUGGAAGCGGACGGCUCCGAGGCUGCAGACCCAGAUGAUAUUCUUAAGCAACUGGGAGAAACCGCUUUUGAUAAUUUCGACACUUUUUUUACUGAUUUGACCAAUUCCACUGCUUCUUCUGCGCCUCCUAUUGAAAUAAAGCAAGAAGAGAAUAACAAUAUAUCGCCACCGUCCGGGAGCCAGCUACAAGGUUCAUAUUACCAACAAAAUAAUCAAUUAUCCCUGCCAAAUAAUGGGCAACAGCGCUUGCAACAAUUGUUGAGAUCCGGCACUAGCGCUAUUAACCAUGCAGUGGCAAAUAAUAUUAAUAACGGACGAUAUAAUAUUGCUUCUGCAAACCCAUUGCUCGCUGAGAAAUUAGCAGCGACAUCUAGUGGUAUAAAGCAAGAACCAAUGAGUUCUGAUUAUAAUGGAACGAGUAUGAACUACGGAAACUCAUCUCCAAUGCAACGAGUGCCGAGUGGGAAGCCUCAAGUUCACGAUGCUGGUGGAGGAAAAGUGGACGGAGAGCCGACAGCUCUCUCUCUGGGUGCGCGGGGCUCACUAGGCCGGGCUCUCUUGCACGGCCUGCUUGCGCCCGCUCCGGCGCCCCGACACCAUUUAUAUACUGCGCCUAAUACAGGCUCCCUUCCCCCAUCACCAGCCGACAGUGGCGUGUCAGAUGUGGAAUCUUCAUCAUCAGGGGCCGGAUCUGCGGAGGAACUGAAGGCGCGGCUGCAGCCGCCACCUCCAGCGCCCUUCCACACGCCUUUCCUGCCCUUCUACCAGCAGCAUCAGAUCGCCACCUCCUUGCAGCACCACGUCGCAACCCAUCCAAGGCCAACCGUUGGCACGGUGGGUGAUCGCGACGCGUACGGCUACGGGUACAGCGGCGGAGGCGGGCACCACUUUGCCGCGCCUGCGCCGCCACCACUGCCGCACGAUGACCUGCCCUACCCGGUAUUCGAUUUCGGCGACUACCAGAGGCACCACCACCACAACAAACUCAAACCCAAAAAGAGGCCGCGCACGGACGCGCCGCCCACACCCGGCGUCAAGCGCAAGAGCCGGGAGGGGUCCACCACCUACCUGUGGGAAUUCCUCCUCAAGCUGCUCCAGGAUCGGGAGUACUGCCCGCGCUACAUCAAGUGGACAAACCGCGAGAAGGGAGUGUUCAAGCUAGUAGACUCCAAGGCGGUAUCUCGGCUGUGGGGCCUGCACAAGAAUAAACCGGAUAUGAACUACGAGACGAUGGGACGAGCGCUGCGCUAUUACUACCAGCGUGGCAUCCUGGCCAAGGUCGACGGCCAGCGGCUCGUGUACCAGUUCGUGGACGUGCCCAAGGACAUCGUGGAGAUCGACUGCUCGCUCGCGUAGACUGUGCCCGGGCCCGGGUGCACCUCGGACGUUUGAACGGGACUUUCUCUCAUACGUAACUAUUCGUGGAGUCGUUAUUCGUUUCGCUCUUUCAUACGUUUUUCACUAACUACUUAAAUAGUAAAUAUCGUCUAUUUUUCAAGUCAUCAUGCAUUACGUUCUUUCCGAUCGCUUCUAAUAAUGUUCUUAAGAUAAAUAUUAUUAUUCUCAAAUUGAACUAAUAUAAUGUUUAUUAUUGAAUUAAAUAUUUAUACAGAAUAGGAGAGACGAAAUUGAUUGCUCAAAUGUUUAUAUAUACCUAUUUUUAGGGGAAUUUCAGAAAGGUACACUAAAAUUUGCUAGAUGUUAUAUGGUAUGGAGUGACUUUUGUAUAAUGUUAAACGAAUUUUUAAAAGUUUGUAACGUUUCUACUGAUAUUGUAACGAGGUGCGCCGGCGCAACCGGCGCCGGGCACCCCACAGAACUUCCUACCUCAAAACUACGCAAAAAUAAUAUUACAUAUUAUGAAUAUACAAUUUAUUCGAAAAACAGUUUUUACAAUAUGCAAUAAGUAAUAUUAUAGUCUAAAUAAGAGUUUAUAUUAAAGAAAUAUUUACGUAAUGAAAAAUGUUUAUAUUAUAAUUAUGAAAAUAUCGUAUAUCGCCCUCAGAUGAAAUGUAACCUCUUUGGUGCUUUUUACAGCCAUUCGCAUAUUUACACCUUGUUGAAACUGUCGACCUCAAUGAUAUUUAUAUAUAAUACUUAUUUAAUUCAAUUUAUCUACCAAUUAUCUAGCUACAUUGUUCCUUUGUUGUGACCGAGCCAUGCGCACCCGUAGGGGAUGAAAAUUUAAAAAACUAAACAAAAUAUCCAGAGACAAAUCUUUCUCUUUAGAUAAAAUUAUAUUUACUAUUUGAUUAUAAAUGUCCCUUUUAAAGUACAAUUUAGCUGAAUUUUAUAUAAUCAUCAUCCCCUAAAGGUGCACGUUGGUCGUCGAUAUCUGAAUUCUAUCUUGUUCUUAAUGUAUCCUUUCUUUAACGAUUGAAACCGAAUUUUCAAUUGAUAUUGUUAGUGUUCUUGUUCGUGGAAUAACAAUUCUACCUAGAGUACUGAAAACAACUGCCAACUUUCUGUUAGAGAACUUUAUAUUUAAGAUGUAAUACUUGUGAGUUAAUUGUGUUAAUUAAAAAUAGAUGUUUACUCUAAGUGAGCUGUUUUAAGUGAACACGUUCUAGUUUAUUUCGUUUAUUUAAAUUUACUAUAAGCCUGUUGCAGGGGUUCCGGGCUGCCAUUCAUUUGACAUAUCAAAAUGUAUAGUAUUCAUAUAUAUGUUUAUAACAGAAAUAUAUUUUCUCAGCAUAUCAGAUGAGUUCGAUAUAAAAUCGUUAAAAUUCUAUUGUGAUAUAAUAUUUCGCAUCAGCGCGGGACCCCUAUUUUUUGUUACCUGAAUAAAUAUUAUUAAUAAUUAAUUACGAUUUGUGGUCCAAUGUUAAUGAAUCAUGAUACUUUUUACUAGAUAGUCGUUUAAAGGAUCAGGUGAAGCCGUAGCCUAGUUCACGUUGAGUUUGUAAUUCACAAAUACAAAGACGAAUCAAGAUUUCGUAUAUGUUUACUGUUAUUAUGAACUUGGUGUAUACUUAAUAUGAUUUAUUUACGACUAGAGAGGAAUUGUUAGAUGGUGCGCGUCCAAAAAUGGAGGCGACGCAACGCGCAGUCCUCGGCAUAUAAAAACUGUAAUUCCUGAAUGUUAUGCAAUAUUUUUAUAUUCAAAUUAAAGUAUAUCAAUUUAUUAGCUAGUAAGGCUCUAUUAAAUAUCGUAUCGUUGACGCGAGGGACUGCGCGUUGUUUCGUCUUUAAAUCGAAAAGGGUUAGUGAAGCCUUAAGAGAAUCGAAUGUCAAGUAAAUGGGUGCUAAGUAUGGGACCGACGGAAUAACGCAACGCAGAACUAUCCGACCGGCCCGACCGGACCGAUCGGAGCACGGCUUAUAUACUAGAGAUUUAUGUAUCAAAUGCAAUGUCGAUCACACGCCCAGUGUUGUGUUUUGAACUCGGUGUAAGCGAACGAUCUCAGUGUCCAAACUUCUACGAUCAAAUCCAGUGCCCGUUCCAUGUGAUUUAAAGUUUAACAUAUGAUAAAGAGGAGUUUUAAUCGUAUUUUUAUAUAGGUAGGAGAAAUUCUCAAAGUUACUUUCUUUCGAAAUCUAUUUCUCGCUUUUGUAAAUAUUACUUUAAGUUUUAACUUAUUUAUUUCGUCUUGUGAAAGUAUGCCG